CUCGGCGGGAUGCUGCAAGUCUCGAACAUCUGCGUCGAACGUCUCGGCUCCGCGACCCAACGCGCCCUUAAGCGAUAUAAACACGCGGCAAAAACACUUUUCAUCUUGGCAAAGUAUAGAGAAAGUUUAAAGUCAUGUUUGUGGCUGUGAUCGUUGGCGGUUUUUUGCUGUUGAGCCCGCAAGUUGACGCAAAAGGAGCGAUCUACUUGACGACUAAAAAUGGAACGUUUCCAAUAUCGCUGCCCGCAAAGUCCCACGAGGCGGCGACGCAACACUCUCCCAACAUUUUGUCCAGCGUUGACAUUAAAACUCCAGAAGCCCCAGGUUACAGCGAUUACUGGGACACCAGUGACAAAAUCCUUUCUAAUUAUUUGAACGUUACAUUCGGUGAAAUGGACACGCGCUAUAUGUGGAAAAACAAAAGAAGCAUCAACGACGCGGUUUCGAGAAACAUCACACUGGUGCUCGAGAACCUUUUGAAGAAUUAUGAGAACUCGCAGCUGCCUACUCAUGGAAAAGGUUACCCUACAGUUGUGCAAACCAAUAUAUUGAUAAGAAGUAUGGGCCCAAUAUCGGAGCUUGAUAUGGAUUACUCAAUGGACUGCUACUUCAGACAGUACUGGCGCGACACCCGACUCUCGUUCCUUGGGCCCAUCCGCUCGCUGUCGCUAUCCAUCAAGAUGCUCGAACGGAUCUGGCGUCCGGAUACCUACUUCUACAACGGCAAACAUUCCUACGUGCAUACUAUAACUGUGCCCAACAAGCUGUUGAGGAUCAGUCAGCAUGGAGAUAUAUUGUACUCGAUGAGGUUGACUAUUAAAGCUAAAUGUCCUAUGGAGCUUCGAAAUUUUCCAAUGGAUCGCCAGUCCUGCCCGCUUAUACUUGGUAGUUAUGCCUACUCCAACCAGCAGCUAGUGUACCAGUGGCAGAACUCUCAGAGUGUCAACUUCGUCCCGGGAAUGACGCUGUCACAGUUCGACCUGAUCAGCUUCCCUUACCGGAACUUCACCUUCACAAGGCGAGAAGGAGAUUUUUCCGUGCUUCAAGUGUCGUUCAACCUGCAGCGGCACACCGGGUACUUCCUCAUUCAAGUAUACGUGCCAUGUAUUCUCAUCGUUGUCCUGUCCUGGGUUUCCUUCUGGAUACAUCGCGAGGCAACUUCUGAUCGCGUAGGCUUGGGAAUCACCACUGUGCUGACCUUGUCCACCAUAAGUCUGGACUCCCGCACUGACCUGCCCAAAGUGCGAUACGCGACGGCUUUAGACUGGUUUCUACUUAUGAGCUUCUUCUACUGCAUCGCUACUCUUCUUGAAUUUGCCGGCGUCCAUUACUUUACCAAGGUGGGCUCUGGCGAGAUCGUGAUAGACGACGCGGAAUGGGAGGAGCUGAUCGAGGAGGUCGGGGGCGACGCAUUUGCCGCGCGACAACUAGCCGCUCGCCGCCGGAGCUCCGCCAGAUCCGCUGCCAACUAUAGUUUCUCCCUGCCGCAACAAAGCAACAGUCCCGCAGACGGUCCCGAACCCGUGGUCCGCUUGACCAUGGAACGCACCACGCAGACGGAAUCACGCGUACCGCGUUGGCGACAACUACUAUACUGCCUUGCCGGGGAUGACCUGUAUCGGAGGAAGCGGCAGGUCGAAGCUGGAAUGCGCGGCCACAUCAACAGCGUAUCGCACAUCGACCGCGCCGCGCGCGUCCUGUUCCCCGCUUCGUUUGCGAUACUCAACCUCUUCUACUGGCUCGUCUAUGUCUUCUCCGCUUCUGACUUCGCCUGGAGUGACAACCCUAUGAACUCGCUGUCUCAUUAAAGGACGGCGGCACGUGAACAUUUUCUGUACAAAUGCAUGAUACCCAUUUUAAUCUCUGGUUGUCUAGAUUUCUAGAGUUUAGGAUUUUAAAAAGUAAGUACUCAUAUAAAUAACGAUAUAUGUAUGUGUAAAAAAUAAAUAUGUACCUAAUGUUAGUUUAAUAUUACUAGAAAAGAGCAAAAGUUAAAAUAAAAUGAAGUUAAUCAUAGAUUUAAUGAUCAUUUUUAUUUUUAAGACCAAAUGUUUAUUAGAGAUAGUUAACCAGAAUAAGUAAUAAUCGUAGUGAUUAGUAUAAUAAUUAUGUAAUAAAAUAGAGUGUUUUUUUUUAAGUUAAUUCAAGUACCCGGCGAGGCAAGAGAGUUUUAGAAAAACUAUAAGGUCUGUCCAGACGGGACAGUUAUCGCCAAUCUGAAUAAACAAAAACAAAAAUAUCUGAUCACUAAGUAAACGCGUUUUCAUUUAUUUUAGUUAGUGUGUAGACGAACUCGACUACUGAAUUAUCUUAUGUAGUAAUAAGAGCCAAGUCGUUAAAAGUAUAUUCACAGAGAGGCAUUAAGACUCUCAAUUAAUAACAAUCCAGCGGUUGAUCAAACAGGCUAACUCUUUAAUUACCGCAGCUGUGUUGUUCAAACUCGGCGCCAUGAAUACUUAUUAGACGAAAAUUUAUAAAGCAAAACAAUUAACUUUAUCGUGGAUGUUUCAUGUUGACAUUGGCCGAUGAGUUAACGCACACAAACAAAUAUUAUCGGCCGACAACUGGCGGGGGGUCCGGCAUGCCAAAAAAUGUCGGAAGCGUCCUGCCGAUAU